AUUUUCUACUUCAGAAUCAGCAAAAUAUUGUAAGCUAGAAGAGCAAUGUGAAAAGGUCACACUUUACAAUUUAGAGAUUUAGAAACUCCAAGGCAAUCAGUGACAAUUCUCAAGGAAUUGUAUAGUAUACCAGGUUUUGGGAAGGUCCAUAUUGGUAAGUGGCGUGAUAAAGAAGUUGCAGUUAAAUCGCAAACAUCUGGACCGAUUAUGACAAAAGAAGUAAUGGCAGAUAUGGGUAUAUUGCUUCACUUGCAUCAUGACAAAAUUGUCAAACUGAUUGCACUACAUACAGAAAUGAUGCCGUUUUUGGUCAUUACUGAGCUGUUGAUAAAUGGUCCACUUUUACAUUAUCUACAUAAAGAUGGGGGUAAAACUGUUCAAUUCGAAGGUCUCACUAAAAUUGCUAGUCAGAUAGCAGACGGUAUGGAUUAUCUAGAAGAAAAGCAUAUUGUACAUAGGGAUCUUCGAGCCUUUAAUAUUCUUGUUGGUCGUAAAAACGAAGCGAAGAUUGCAGAAUUUGGACUGGCAAGAUGGAUACAGAACGAGAAUGGUAUUUACAAGGCAACUUAUGAAGAAAAGUAUCCAACGAAAUGGACAUCCCCAGAAGCAAUAUUUGAGCUGAAAUUCAGUACAAAAUCAGACGUGUGGUCGUUUGGUAUAUUACUAUAUGAAAUCAUCACGUUUGGAGGAAUGCCAUAUAAAGGUAUGACUGGAAAAGAAGCUGCAGAGCGAAUACGUUACGGAUUCAGGAUGCCAAAACCAGUUACAGGCCCUUUGACAUGCCCGGAGCCGUAUUAUCAAAUGAUGUUACGAUGUUGGGACACAACUGCAAACAGCCGCCCCACAUUUGCUUACCUUAGAGAGUAUUUCGGGGAUUAUAACUCUAAUGCCAAAAAUGUAUAUAAUACACGAUUGUGAAGUUGAAUGUUAGCUUUAUCUUGAAUACAGACACAUGUACCAUAAAACAUGGCAAUUUUUUCGAAACCUUACCAGCUAGACUGCGUAGGAUAAAACUGUAAUUGUAGCAAAUAUACUUUUUUUAUUGAAAAUGCAACAUGUUCACUAUCAUCAAAUACUGCAUUUGUAUUAGUCUUAGAAAGAGCAUCGGUUAAGUAGAACUUAUCAUGGGACCAGAGACACCGAUGCCUACUUGAUAUCAAACUUUGUAUUAUGAAUAGACGUAAUAACUAUGCAUUGCAAUGUCGUUGAAUGUUUCGCCUUUGAUGUCAGUCGCAGUCAGGGUAACUGGAAUGAAUUAGCCGCAUAAUGUUUCAUUGAAGACGACAUAUUUGAACUGUUAAUACUUGUGUAUAAAAUGUUGUCUGAGAUAAUACUGAUCAUUCAUUUUAUGUUCUUCAGUGAAAUUUAUCAGUGAAAUAAAACUGACAUUUUCGCUGUUUCAAACAGUGAAAAUAUCAUUUUUAUUUUUCACUGAUACGGAGCUACACUUGAAUGCGAAAGAAUAUGA